ACCUAGAAAGCAUGUUCAGUCAGUCAGUAAGAGUGAUCCUGAAGGGUGAGAGCUGGGUACUUCGUACGCGUGUUGGCCGCCCGGCGGCUUGUGAAGUCCCAGCCUCAUGGCGGAGAUAAUUCAGGAACGCAUAGAAGAUCGAAUCCCGGAGUUGGAACAGCUGGAGCGCAUCGGACUCUUCAGUCGCGCGGAAAUUAAGGCUAUCAUCAAGAAAGCUUCUGAUCUAGAGUACAAAAUACAGCGGAGGACCCUUCUCAAGGAAGACUUUAUCAAUUAUGUUCAAUAUGAAAUUAAUCUUUUGGAGCUGAUCCAGAGAAGAAGAGCAAGAAUUAAAUAUUCAUUUAAGAAGGAUGAGAUUGAAUAUUCUAUUGUACAUCGGGUACAGGGUGUCUUCGGUCGUGCUUCGGCAAAGUGGAAAGAUGAUGUUCAGCUUUGGCUAUCCUAUAUAGUUUUUUGUAAGAAAUGGGGUACCAAAGCUCAGCUUAGCAAGAUAUUCUCUGCCAUGCUUGCCAUUCACUCAAACAAACCAGCUUUGUGGAUUAUGGCAGCCAAAUGGGAAAUGGAAGAUCGCUUGUCUUCAGAAAGUGCCAGACAGUUAUUUCUUCGGGCUCUACGAUUUCAUCCUGAGUGUCCAAAACUCUAUCAAGAAUACUUUAGGAUGGAGCUGAUGCAUGCUGAGAAACUGAGAAAGGAAAAGCAGGAAUUUGAUAAAGCUGCCAUGGAUAUGGGGAAUUUUGAGCAUCCUGAAGAAAUCCUUAAGGGCGAGUUGGCACGCAUCAUUUACAAAAAUUCUGUAAGCAAGAUUAAAGGUGCAGAAUUUCAUGUAUCACUUCUUUCAAUUGCACAACUAUUUGAUUUUGCCAAGGAUCUGCAAAAAGAAAUUUAUGAUGACCUUCAAGCUCUGCACACCGAUGACCCAUUCACUUGGGAUUAUGUGGCACGGCGAGAAUUAGAGAUCCAGUCUCAACCAGGUGAAGAGCAGCCUGUAUCGAAACAAGCCAAAGCAGUGGAAGUGGGCCGAAGGGAGGAACGGUGCUGUGCAGUGUACGAAGAGGCUGUGAAGACCCUGCCUACGGAGGCUAUGUGGAAGUGUUACAUCAACUUUUGCUUGGAAAGGUUUUCUAAGAAGACCAGUAGUGUACCCCUCAGAGGGCAGAGGCUGGAAAGAACCAUGUUUGCAUUCAGGAAGGCCCAUGAACUGAAGCUCCUUUCUGAAGUCCACUACAAGCAGUGGAUUGACUUGUUGCUGCGCCAGGACCUCUUUAAAGAGGCUUUGCAGGUGGCAGAAGAUGGGACGGAAUUGUUCAAGGACUCUGCAACAAUGUGGCAGAUGAAGCUGCAGGUGCUCAUUGGGUCAAAGAGCCCCGAUGUAGCGAUGCAGUUUGAAGAAGCCUUUGCACACCUCAAACCCCAGGUUUGCCUGCCCUUGUGGAUUUCUUGGGCAGAGUGGAGUGAAAGUGCUAACAGCCAGGAGGACACUGAAGCAAUCUUUAAGAAAGCUAUUUUAGCUGUCACAGGUGCCAAUUCAGUAACUCUGAAGGAGAAAUACCUGGAUUGGGCUUAUCGAAGCGGUGGCUACAAAAAGACCAGAGCAGUGUUCAAAAGUUUACAGGAAAGCCGUCCAUUUUCAGUUGAUUUUUUCAGGAAAAUGAUACAGUUUGAAAAGGAGCAGGAACCCUGCAAGAUGGCAAACCUGAGGGAAUAUUACGAGAGGGCAUUGAGAGAGUUUGGGUCUACGGAUUCUGAUCUUUGGAUGGAUUACAUCAAAGAAGAAUUGAGCCACCCCUUCGGCAGACCUGAGAACUGUGGGCAGAUCUAUUGGCGAGCCAUGAAAAUGCUGCAGGGACAGUCAGCAGAGCUGUUUGUAGCUAAACAUGCCAUGCAUCAGGCUGGCCACUAGCAAAGAGUACUACCAAUUUGGUGAAAUUGUAUUGCAAGCCUCUAGGACGGUUUGUAGUAGGAGUCACUGUAUGAACUGUUGAGAAGUGGCAGACAGGGUAGCCGAUUGAUUUUGUAACAUACUUUAAUUUUAAUUAAAGAACCAUUAAUCUUUGGUUCCAGAAAAGAGAACUGCCGCUGCCUGUUAAAUCUAAAAUACACGGAAAUCGUACGCUUGAGUUUCAUUUCUUGUUCCAGGACAAGCACACACAGCUCUAAUCCAGACUAGGUCUGAUGGAGCCAGUGCACACGCACGAGAAAGGAUAGUUUUGUGUGUUUUCACCUUGUUGUGAAAGCCUGUAUGAUGCCUGUGGAGACAGGAAGGACGAGGGCGGUGCUGAGGAGAAGCAAGCCAUCUGUAAUCCAAAUGAGGUUGAACCUAAGUGACUUGAUUCCCUGUAUCAAAGUUGGAUUUGUACUUCUAGAUCAUUCAAGAAAUCAGGCCUUCCUUCACAUGCAGGAACGAAGGGAGACUUGGAUGAGGAACAGAGAAGGAGGUGCUGGGUAUGGGGGGGAGUUGUCCUUUAAGAAGGUUAAGGUAACGAAGAAAGUUAUUUACUCCAAGGAUUGACAGGCCAAGAAGUGUUUGUAUAGAGGAGGCCCAGCAGCAAAAGGACAGGCCAGGGAGUGGGGAAGUGCCUCAGUGGGAGGGAUGGAGGGGUGGAGGGGAGGAGGGAAGAAAUUGUUUGGAAGCAAUCCUUUCACUCUUCUUUAAUACCAAGGGUAGAAACUAAAUCUGUAUGCAUUUGACACAUGUGCUUUACCAUGGAGACAGCUCCUCAGCCCUCUUACUUUCUGUUUUGAGCUGGUCUCACUAAGUUCUUGCUGGCCUUGAAAGUACUCAAGUCUAAGCAGGCCUUGAACAUUCAAUCCUUCUGCCUCAGCCUCUCAAGUAGCUGAGAUUACAGGCCUGAAUCACUAGAUCUGGCUUUAACAUAACAUUUUGAUAUCACUGAGAAAGUAUUCAGAACAAGUUACUUAAUAUUAAGCCUUCAUUAAGGUUACGUUAUUCCUCAUGUUAUUAAAUGAACUUAAAAAACACCUAAGGAAUUCAUAGCA